AUUUUUAACUUUUAAAAUAAGAUACAAUUUUCAAGAAAAUGUUCAAAUAUUUUUUAUUUUUCAUCUUAUUAAUCUUAUUAAUUUCAAUAAUUAGUGCAACCAACGAAAUUAAUGAAGUUGACAAAAGUAAAGGUGGAAAUGGUCAAACUGUAAACGAAAAGACUGGUGACAAUAUUGAGAAUGCUAUUAUUGGAAGUAUUACUGGUAUACUUGGUGGUUUAAUUUUCUCAAAUUAAAUAAUUAUAAUAAUUAUUAUACUUAUUUUAAUUAAUUAUUUUUAAUUAUUUCUUUUUAUUUAUUAUAUAAAUAUUAAUUUUUUAAAUAAAAAAAUAAAUGUUAAGCUAGUUUCUAAAAUUUUAUCUU